AUGGCGGCGGCGGCCUCCCCCUGGCGUCACAGGCGGCCGCCCGGCAAGCCUGGUUUGGCUGCCGGGGCGCCCAGCCUGGGCUUUAUAGUGCUGGCUGUGGGCGUGCUGGUGCUGCUGGCCAUACUGGCUGGCACCACCAACCUGCAGCUGGGAGCAAGCAUCAGCAGCCAGGCCGGCACCGCGGGGCCGGCGCCGCCGCUGCGGCCGGUAGGCGGCAGCACCGGCAGCGCCGAUGGCAGCAGCAGUGUGGCGGAAGAAGGCGGUGCCGACGGCAGGGGCAAGGCAGCCUCGGACGGCAGUAGCAGCAGCAGCAGCACUGGAAGCACGGCGCGGUCGGAUGGCGGCAAAGAGGGGUCGCGCGAGACUGGCGCCGCGCCAGCCGGGGACCAGGCAGCUGGUUCCAAUCCCGAAAAGAAUGGGAACAGAGCAGCAGACAGCAGCAGCAGCAGUAGUACCACCAGCGACAGCAGCAAACCGAAAAGCGGCAAGAGCGGCAAGGCAAGCCCGACUAGGACUGGCGCGGGGCCCGCCGCGGGCACCUCUUUCAAGCCGGGUGUGCCAGGCAACCGCAGCAGCACCGAAGCGACGUGCAGCGAGGCCCUGGGCAUCAAGAAGGUGGCUCUCCUGUUCCUCACCACCCGGCGGCUGGCGCACGAGAAGCUGUGGCGGCUGUGGAUGUGGGAUGCCGCCAACCUGGUGCCGCAGCAGGCGGUGCAGGGCCUGCAGCAGGCGGUGUGCGGCGGGGCGCCGGCCGAAGCAGACGCCCGCUGGCGCGCGGUGCGGGCCGCCUGCGCGCCGCGCGCGCCGGAGGUGGCCAGGACACCCGGCGGGCAGCCGGAGCUGCCGCCCCAGCUGCUGUUCAGCAUCUACGUCCACGCGCCGCCAGACUACAAAGGCCUGGAGUUCCAGCCGCUGUUCCAGCGCCGCGUGCUGCCGCAGCGCCUGCGCACCUGGUGGGGCAGCGCCGCCAUCACUGACGCCGAGCGCCUGUUGCUGGCGGCCGCGCUGCGCGACCCAGCCAACGACAAGUUUGUGCUGGUCAGCGACCACGACAUCCCGCUGUACGACCCACUCACAACCUACCAGCAGCUGGCGCACGAGCCGCGCUCCCGCGUGCGCGCCUGCCCCAGCAGCCGCCUGAGCAUCGACCGCUGGAAGGAUGGGAUGGCGACAACGCGGCUGAAGAAGCACCACUGGCGAAAGAGCAACCAGUUCUUUUCGCUGACGAGGGCGCAUGCCGAGGCCGUAAUGCAGGACAGCGAGGUGUACCGCGCUUUCAAGGAGCGCUGCGGCGGCAACUACGGCGGGCAGUGGAAGGAGUGCGUGCCAGACGAGCACUACAUCCCCACCCUGCUGGCCGUGCUGGGUCUCGAGAACGAGACGUACUGCGACGGCUGGGGGGUGGCCUACACAGACUGGAGUGCCGGCGGCAUGCACCCAAAGAGCUUCAAGCCCAAGGAUGUCACGCCGUGGCUGAUGAAGAAGAUGAGGUGGUGGUGCGUCAAUGGCAAGGAGGCCGCAGAGGAUGCCGAGCGAAUGUUUGUGCCGGUCAACAGGCUGCUGGCCGGCGGCGACGCGCAGCAGGCGUGCGCCCUGCUCCGGGACGUGAACGCCGGGGCAGGCGGCGGCAGCAGCAACAGCAGCAACAGCAGCAGCGGAUAUGCGCACCCCUUGGCUGGCUCCUGCCCGCUGACGGCCCGCAAGUUCCCGCCAUACACCUCUCUGCGCGUGCGCCAGCUCUUUCUCUCCUCCUGCCCCCCGGGCACCGGCCAGAUCGCGAGCAAGGCGGCGCUGACCUUUGGGCUCAGGCGGGACCCAGACCUGGCGCUGUUCAGGGGGCAGGCAUGCACCACGGGAGUGCAGAAGGUGUCGCUGGCCAAGACGAGCGGGUCAGGCAGGCGGCUGCUGUGCGCGCUGUGGUCGACCUCGGCGCCGUGGCUGCCCGCCGCCGGAAACGAUUUUGCGCCGAGCAGGUUGUACGACCGAUUAGACGCCUUGUGUGACGACACUGGGUGA